CAAAUCCUUUCAUCUACAUUACAUUCAAUGAGGACCUUCACAUGAGUGCUGGGGCUGGAGAAAACUCCAUUAGUACUUUUCAAAAAAUUACAAUAGACAAAUUUGGGUUUGCAGUUCCCUUCAGCUAAGAUGACGUCGUAUAUGGCAUCUAAAAAAACGCAUCUUCAGUCAAGGUACCCAAAUGCCAGCUCUGUACAGCAAAGUGCUUUGGCAAUCCAGUGUCACACAUGUCACAGUAUUCUUUGAAACGGGUUCUCUUUUGGAUUAAGUCUUGGCACUCGUGAAAUUGGACAUGGCAGUGAACAGCUCAUUUGUGAGUUUCGAUGGUGGCAUUCAACAGUUAAAAGGUGAAGAUACUUUGGUAAUCAUACCAGCCAUUCUCAGUACGAUCAGUGGGCUUGGAAUCGCGGGGAAUGUUUUGGUGCUUGUCGUUCUUAUCUACGUUUUCACAAGCCAGAGAUCAUCGGAGGCAUAUGUCAUGCUCGCCAAUGUGAGCGCAACUGACUUGUUGAUACUCUGCCUGUGCGCUCCCAUGCGCGCGGUCACAUACUACAAGCGCACUUGGACACUGGGGCUAAUGGCUUGCAAAACUACAGAGUGGAUCCAGCAUAGCUGCCUGGCCGUCAAAGCUUUUACACUGUUAGCAGCGAGCCAAGCGCGCCAUAACUUUUCCUCCAAUCCAGAUGACCAGUCAAAUUUCCGCCAAAAGAACGUUUUGGUAACCUUAGUGAUCAUAUGGACGGUUGCGCCUGUAUUUCCAAUUCCUGAUAUCGUAUUCUCUAGGUUAAAAGAAGAUGGAAAUAUCAGUCUGUGCGUCUCUGAAUUAAACUCUGACUCCCAAGAUGUCAUGCGACUGUACAGCAAGCUAUUACCGAUGGCCAUCUAUGUUCUUCCCAUUAUACUCGCCACUGCGUGCCACAUCAGGACCAUCUUCCACAUCAAACCUAGUACGCACGAGGAGCCUCUCCUUGCGCGGCAGUAUGAGAGUUCUUUGCUGUAUUUAAGCAUCAUCGCCGUGAACGCGCUGAUGAUGCUGCCCGAGUGGGCCUCUUGGAUGUGGGUGCGUCACAGUCCUGGAGAACGCUGCAAACCUCCAGCUGGCUUGCUGAUCUUUGGUCAGGUGUGCGUUUACCUGUCCAGCGCGUUCUGUCCCGCCAUCCUUCUCACCAUGCACGUGCCUCUCAGAGAAAGUCUUAGUAGUUUGUGUUCUCAAUUAACCUGUCGGGGUGCAAAACACAGGCUGGAAAUAAAGGGUAACGCAAAUGAGAUGCGCGCAAUGGUUAUGAAGGUGUUGGAUGAGCGCGCAGGUGUGUCCACUCUGACCGCAACUGAGAGGCAUUCGGACGCGUCGUGUCAAACUCUCCCGGAUCUUGAGCAUUUUUGGAGCGAAAGGCGAAACACUACAGUCCUGGAGGAUAGUGAUCCGUUACCCUGGGAACGACUGAAUCAAAGAAACGUUGAACUUUAAACUCUGACCUCAGUCCGACCUAUUUUAAACUUUCCUGAUGGUGAGACAAGUCGGUUUUACAUCGGACACCUUGGAAAUGAAACAGUAGGCCUAUAGCCACAUGUUGACUAAAUGUAUGUAGCCUACAUUUUCCUUUUGCCCUGGAUAGUUUUCUGUUUGCUACCUCUUUGUGUAUUUUUAAUGUAUAUGUUUUAAAAUAUUUUAAGUGUGUGUAAAAAUGAAAUAAUAUUUUACAGUGAUGAUAAAGUGUAUGCUAAUUCUUUUGU